UACAGGAGCGCGUUAGUCCAAUCAGCGCUGCCGUCAGGAGCGGAAGUAUGAUGGCGGCGGACGGAGACAGAAGCGAUGCGUGUGCUGGAAGUAAACAGGAGCAGCGCAGCAGCCAGAUCUCACAUCAUGGAGCACACCGGGAUGUAUUCAGAGACUGCGUUGGCUCUAUUAUCCAGUCCCUCGCUGAGUUUGGCGCUAAGUUAAAAGUGGGUGAUAAAGUGUUGAGCAUCAGUGCCAAUGUCAACAAUGUAACCCUCUCUGAACUUCAGCCAUCUCAGGUGUAUGCCUGUUUACAACAGCACAUCUCCAAACUACAGUUAGUCUCUGAAAAUCUGAAGCAAAUGGUAGAGUCUGAAGACCACUCCAACCCAGGCAGCAGUGACAGGAAAGAAACAGCAGAUACAUCUGAGCAGAUGGUGGUUGACGUAGAGCAUCCUACAUCUGACCACAGCAUUGUCCAUGAGGAUCGUAACAAGACUCAAAUCGAUGAUAAUGUGCAGAUAAAGGCUGCUAAAUCUGAGAUUGAACGAAGGAUAUCUGCAUUUAUAGAGCGCAAACAGCUGGAGAUCAAUGAAAACAAUGUGAGGGAGUUUUGCAACGUGAUCGACUGCAAUCAGGAGGACAGCUGUGCAAGAACUGAUGCAGUAUUUACACCAUAUCCUGGUUUCAAGAGUCAUGUCAAAGUGACGCGUGUUAUAAAUACAUAUGGACCUCAAACCAGAGGGACACACACUGAGCUGGCAGACCAGCAGCAGGGAUCCAUGAACAGAGACUGUGGAAACCCUGCCGUCGAGGAGAGGCUCCAGAACAUGGAAUCUCACCUUAAACUUCCACCAGCAGGUCCAGUUCCUCAAAGCAUUUAUAAGCGGCUAAAGAAACUUGAAGAUCGAAUUCUGGAGCUUGAGGGUCUUUCCCCAGAGUACUUCCACUCCACGAAUUACUCGCACAAACGACCUAAAGCCUCAGUGUCGCAGAGCUACAGUCUCGCUGAGCUGGAUGGGAAGAUCAGUGCCGUCAAAGCUGCCUUGAUGAAGAAAUCCAGCGAGUUCCAACCCACAGAUGCAGGGGAGUUUUCAUUCUGACACCUGGACUCUUGCAUUCAACGUUUUUUAUGCUUUCUCAUUAUGAGUUAAAUCUUCUGUUUUGGUCAUGUACAGAAAUGUGAUGAACAUGGAUUUCAGAGUAGAUUUGGGUUUUGUGUGUCGCUGAAUAUUUUAUAUUUGUAAAAUGUAUGUUUUUCCUUUGUCAUGUAUGUUUACAAUGUACAUCACUUAUGUAAAUAAAUUCAUGCAUUCAAAUUCA